AUUGAUUUAUAUAGGUAAUACAUAAAUCUUGCGAGAUAGUCUUUCUUGGUCUAUUAGAGUAUUUUUAUUCUGCGCAUGUGUAUCUUGUGCCCCUUCCACAUUCUUAUAUAUAAGCAAAUAAUAUAAACAUAAUAAUUUUUUAAAAUCCAUCUGUUUUCAAACUUUCAACUUCAACCAGUUUCAACCUUGUUCAGUUCAGUUUUCGUGAAUAAAGUACUAGAAAAAGACAAUUAUGCCAAAUUCGACAGAAAGACCUUCUGCAGUCACUGAUUUCCCCGAUUUCAGUGAAUUAGAAAAUGAGUUAAGAAAAGACUAUAGUCAAAUGGUUGCAGAUGAAUCAGAUGUCCAUAGUUGUGAUGGUUCAAUUGACCCUGUGUGGUUGUUUUUGGCCCCCGAAGAACGUGAAAGUUUUGAAGCUUGGGAAAAACUAUAUGAGAAGGAAAAUUUUCAUAGUUGUCGCAUGUGUCGUCCAACAAAAUUACCGGAACUUGGGAAGGAGUUUGAACUAAAAAAACCAAAAAAACUUACCGAUUCUCUACCAAUGAAUCUAGACUAUAUACGUCCGAAUUCGACAGAAAGACCUUCAGUCACUGAUUCCCCCGAUUUCAGUGAAGAAAAUGAGUUAAGAAAAGACUAUAGUCAAAUGGUUGCAGAUGAAUCAGAUGUCUAUAGUUGUGAUGGUUCAAUUGACCCUGUGUGGUUGUUUUUGGCCCCCGAAGAACGUGAAAGUUUUGAAGCUUGGGAAAAACUAUAUAAGAAGGAAAAUUUUCAUAGUUGUCGUAUGUGUCGUCCAACAGAACCAUUGAAAGAAGGUUAAUCUAAAAAGACUCACCAAUCAUCUACCAUACCAAUGAAUCUAGACCAGACAAAACAACCCACAAUAGAAUGAGUCUAUAGAGAUGUGCAAUUUACUUCCAUGGAUGUGCAA